UUGACUCUUUGGGGUUAAGACCAGGUGGUCACCAUGGCGCAUACUUUAAAGGCCAUGUGUUGGUGGUCUUUCACAGCCUUCGUAAAUAAACAACCCCAAUUCUAACAGCCUUCCCAUUCUGUUGAAAUCGGCACGGGUGUCGUCUGGUGAGCGGUGUUCGGCCUCCGCUCUGUCGCCUUCUCGCCUUCUCGCGUUUCCGCCAUCAUGUUGGCCUCCGCCACCGCUCGCACGCUCAGCCGCUGGUCCCGCCCCGCCUGUUCCGUGUCCUCUCGCUCCUACUGGAAGCUGACCCGCACCUCCCUCCCUCCCCGUCAUCCGGCCGAAAGACCCACGGCCGAACAAUUGAACGAACAGUCUGAGAACUUUCAUCAAAAGGACAUGAUCUUUCGGGCUGAGCGGGUUAAACAGCCCGGUUUGCCGGUUCAGGUGCUCAUGUUGACCGACGUGCUCGGCUACGGGCCUCGGGGACAGAUUCUGACCGUCCGCAACCCCAAUAUCGCCCGCCAGGAGCUUAUUUUGCCGGGAUUGGCCGUGUACGCGCGGCCGGAAAAUAUCGCUGAUUUCGGUCCCGGAGUUAUUCCGGAAGAUCAGUUGGUUAUGAGUACGGUCCGAGGGCGGGCCACCAUGCGGACCUUGCUCCAUACGCCCCUGCCGCUAUCGCUCCAUCACGAGAACCCUUGGACGGUCACGCCGGAGAUUGUUCACUGUGCUUUUCGUCGCAUCCAGUUCCAGGUGCCCAUUGAGGUGAUCGAACUGCCGGACACGCCCAUUUCCGGACCGGAUCCGGAUAAACAAGGCAAAGAGUUUUUGAUCCAUGUCACGAUCAAUGGCGUGGAACGUGUGCCCGUGCGCGUGGUUAUUCAUCACCUCAAUCCCGAAGACGCCAAGGCCAACCGUGAACUGGGUUGGCAACAUCGCUUUCGGGAGCCUUUAUUUGAGGAGCAGCGCGAGGCCUUGGCCAUGCUACCCAGACCUCCGAUUAGCCAAAAGACUGCCGAAAAGGAGGGCUUUCGGCCCAUUUUGACCCAGUACCAACAGUGGGCGGAACGAAGGCAAGCCCGGUUGAGGAGUCUGAUCCCGCCUGAAUCUUAAGGGCAAACUAUUCAUUCAUUCUCUCAUUGAUCUUAGCUUUUUGCACAUAAACCAAAUAUGUCUAUGCCA